AUGCACGGCGCAACCAACGACCACAGCAGCGGCACAAUCAACGUCGAAAGCAUCGCCCUGGCUGACAACAACAAUGUCAAAGAUGUGCGAAUGAAACUGGACCCCAUACAACGCAUAUGUGAAAAAGCUAUGGCUACAAGUGCCAACAACGCAUGCAACCCUGGAUUUGUCAACACGGAGUUGCAGUUGCUAACCCCAACGAAGAUGUUUAUGGAUAAGGCAGAUGAAAAUGGGAACAUGCGAAAACGCCACCGAACCAACGCCACAACCCGCAACGAACUACGGCGAUACGAAUCGCCUCACCCUUAA